AUGGUGAAUCUCAUGUCCGCAGCUCAACUUCUUCCUGCAAGUUACCCUGCAGCUACAUCCUACAUCCCUUCGAACAUGCGGGAACUAGUUGAAACAUGGGUCAGCGCUUUCAACUUGUUACUUAGAAAUGCGGACUACGGCUCACUCGAGAGUCUCUUUUUCGAUGAGUCUUAUUGGAGAGAUCAUCUCUUUCUCUCAUGGGAGUUCCGCGCUGUGCGUGGCCCGCAAGGCAUUCGCGAUUUCCUCGAUGAACACAUGUUGCGCACGCGGCUCAAGGGGUUUGAGGUUUCCGGUGCUCCCAAAUACACAAAUAUUGACAACAAUGGCAUGGUUGGCGGGAUUGAAGCGGUUACCAAGGUCGCGAGCAACAUUGGCCAUGGCCAGGGUGUGAUACGUCUCAUGCAAGACGAUCAAACCAAAGAAUGGAAAUGCUUCACUCUAUUCACAACUUUACGAAGACUGCAGGGCUACCAAAGCCCCAUUGAAAACGAAGCCGACCUUAAUCAGCCACCCACGAUGUCGCAUGAGAGUCACAAUCCGGCAUGCAUUAAAAAAAUAGGAGCAGGGCAUACAGGGCUCAUGAUAUCUGCUCGACUCAAAAGAAUUGGCAUUUUGUCGCUCAUAGUGGAGAGAAAUCGUCGGGUGGGCGACAACUGGCGGAAUCGGUACCAUCGGCUUCUUCUGCACGAUCCUGUUUGGUAUAACACCAUGCCAUUUCUUCCGUUUCCAGAUGAUUGGCCCACUUUUUCAUCUAAAGACGAAUUUGGCGACUGGCUCGAAUUCUAUGCGUCUGAAAUAGAACUCAACGUUUGGAACUCGGCGGCCGUGAAGAGUGCCAUUUGGAAAGGGACUGGAUGGCAAGUCGUCGUCGAGCGAAAAUUUCCCGACGGACGGCAAGAACUAUGUACGAUGUACCCACGACAUAUCAUCCAAGCCACCGGGCUUGCUAGUGAGGCCAGGGUAUCUGAAGUUCCGGGAAUGGGUUUGUUUGAAGGUCAUCUCUGCCAUUCAUCGCAGUUCGACAGGGCGACACCUCCCGGCAGCGGCGGCGGUCACGCUGUCAUUGUAGGGAGCUGUAGUUCUGCGCAUGACAUUGCGGUCGACUUCUACGAGAAGGGUUACUACGUUACCAUGGUGCAGCGUUCCUCGACAUGCGUCGAUCCAUCCGACUACAGCAAAGGAAAGGGGCUGUAUACUGCAGAUGGUCCGCCGGCCGAAGAGGCAGACUUGCUCACUCAGAGCGUACCUACUGCGGUGCUAAAGCGCAAGGAAAUGGAACUGACGCAGAAGCUGCGGGAUAGGCAUGCGGGGGUGUUUACAGGACUGGAAAAGAGGGGGUUCGCGCUAAACUGGGGACCAGGGUCUUCCGGGAGGAAGCUAAUGUUUCUGGAGACCGGUGGGGGCUAUUACAUUGACUCUGGUGCUUCGCAGCACAUCAUCGAUGGCAACAUCGCCGUGAAGCAAGGAAGCGAGCCAGUGCGCAUAUACGACAAGGGCCUUGUGCUAGCGGACGGCACAGAUCUGGCAGCAGAUGUGGUUAUUUUUGCAACAGGUUACGAGAGCAUGAGCAAAACCACGCGUAAGAUCUUUGGGGACCUGGUUGCCGAUAGGUCAAAUGCAUUAUGGGGCUUGACUCAAGAAGGGGAGUUGAAGUCUGUAUGGAGACGAUCAGGGCUUCCGGGAUUCUGGGUGGCCGCGGGUAACAUCGCACUUUCCCGGUAUUACUCCGCCCUUCUCGCCCUGCAGAUCCAGGCUAUUGAGCAAUGUAUAAUGCAAUAUGGCGACAAUUGA